AUGAAGGUCACACAAUAUCUCGCUGGCGUCGCGCUCGCAACGUCGGUAGCCAACGCCGCUUCAAUACCAGAAGUCAACGCCAUCAACCUCAUUGAUGACCACGCCGAUGUCUUACCUCGCUCAUCAGAAGUCGUUGCGCCAGAUCACAGCCUAGAGAGAAGGAAAGGCGGUGGCGGUCGCAGCGGUGGUAGUUCUUCGGGAGGUUCUUCUGGAGGUCGAUCAGGUGGUGGCAGUGGUGGCAGCAGCCGCACAUCGAGUAACUCGGCAGCUGGAGGGCGCACGAGCGCAGGAUCCGGCGCGCCUCGCGCUUACGGUGGAUACUAUGGCGGUGGAGCAUCUGUGCCUUAUACUGCAGGUCGAAGCACGCCCAAGGGCCUAGUCGCUGCCCCUCUGCUUUUGGGUGUCGGUCUUCUGGCCAUCAUGCCCGGUCUUUGGCUGUAUUCGGCUUAUCCAUACCACUACAGCAACCCCUACAGGUUCUACAACCAAAGCGAAACAAACCAGAACAAUCCCAACGGCACAAACACAACGCUUCCCGUCACGUGUCUCUGCCAGGAGUACAGCCCCUGCGGUUGUGACGAGAACGACGACCCGAAGUACAUCAACGGUCUUGUCGGUAAUGGAAGCUACGCCGCGUUGAACAAAUCUCUUGUGACUGUCGCUGACGUCAACGGCACAAAGAACCUGGUCCUCAACGGUACGCUUCCCAACGGCACAACUGCCCCGGGUGGCUCCGACGAUGAUGAGAGCGCUGCCAUCAACCUCAAGAUUGGCAAGUACGCUGGCUACUGGAUGAUGGCGACGAUUGUCCUCACUGGUGUUAUGAUGUAA